CUGGAAGCAGUUCCGGGAAACCCCGCGUGCUGCCGGGAUCGCGUCUCUGUCCAUGAGGGGGGGAGGGGGUGGCGCGCGCGCCAUUUCUAGUCGUUUUCAAAGCGCCUCGCGCUGAUUCUCACGGGCCCGGCCGGCGGCCCCAGCUCUGUCCUGCAGCAUAAUAAAAUGGCUAAUCAGGUGAAUGGUAAUGCGGUACAGUUAAAAGAAGAGGAAGAACCAAUGGAUACUUCCAGUGUAACUCACACAGAACACUACAAGACACUGAUAGAGGCAGGCCUCCCACAGAAGGUGGCAGAAAGACUUGAUGAAAUAUUUCAGACAGGAUUGGUAGCUUAUGUCGAUCUUGAUGAAAGAGCAAUUGAUGCUCUCAGGGAAUUUAAUGAAGAAGGAGCUCUGUCUGUACUACAGCAGUUCAAGGAAAGUGACUUAUCACAUGUUCAGAACAAAAGUGCAUUUUUAUGUGGAGUUAUGAAGACCUACAGGCAAAGGGAGAAGCAGGGGAGCAAGGUGCAAGAGUCCACAAAGGGACCUGAUGAAGCAAAGAUCAAGGCGUUGCUUGAGAGGACUGGCUAUACUCUGGAUGUAACCACAGGACAGAGGAAGUAUGGCGGUCCUCCACCAGACAGUGUGUACUCGGGUGUGCAACCGGGAAUUGGAACAGAAGUCUUUGUAGGUAAAAUACCAAGAGAUUUAUAUGAGGAUGAGUUGGUACCCCUUUUCGAAAAGGCUGGUCCCAUUUGGGAUCUACGUCUUAUGAUGGAUCCACUGUCUGGUCAGAACAGAGGGUAUGCAUUUAUCACCUUCUGUGGAAAGGAAGCUGCACAGGAAGCUGUUAAACUGUGUGACAGCUAUGAAAUUCGCCCUGGUAAACACCUUGGAGUGUGCAUUUCUGUGGCAAACAACAGGCUUUUUGUUGGAUCAAUUCCGAAGAAUAAGACUAAGGAAAACAUUCUGGAAGAAUUCAGUAAAGUCACAGGUUUAACAGAGGGUUUGGUGGACGUUAUUCUCUAUCAUCAACCCGAUGACAAAAAGAAGAAUCGGGGGUUCUGCUUCCUUGAAUAUGAGGAUCACAAGUCAGCAGCACAAGCCAGACGCCGGCUGAUGAGUGGAAAAGUAAAAGUAUGGGGAAAUGUAGUUACAGUUGAAUGGGCUGACCCUGUGGAAGAACCAGAUCCAGAAGUCAUGGCUAAGGUGAAAGUUUUAUUUGUGAGAAACUUGGCUACUACAGUGACAGAAGAAAUAUUGGAAAAGUCAUUUUCUGAAUUUGGAAAACUCGAAAGAGUGAAGAAGUUGAAAGAUUAUGCAUUCGUUCAUUUUGAAGACAGAGGAGCAGCUGUUAAGGCCAUGGAUGAAAUGAAUGGCAAAGAAAUAGAAGGGGAAGAAAUUGAAAUAGUCUUAGCCAAGCCACCAGACAAGAAAAGGAAAGAGCGCCAAGCUGCUAGACAGGCUUCCAGAAGCACUGCGUAUGAAGAUUAUUACUAUCACCCUCCUCCUCGUAUGCCACCUCCAAUUAGAGGUCGGGGUCGUGGUGGGGGGAGAGGUGGAUAUGGCUACCCUCCAGAUUACUAUGGCUAUGAAGAUUACUAUGAUGAUUACUAUGGUUAUGAUUAUCACGACUAUCGUGGAGGCUAUGAAGAUCCCUACUACGGCUAUGAUGAUGGCUAUGCAGUAAGAGGAAGAGGAGGAGGAAGGGGAGGGCGAGGUGCUCCACCACCACCAAGGGGGCGGGGAGCACCACCUCCAAGAGGUAGAGCUGGCUAUUCACAGAGGGGGGCACCUUUGGGACCACCAAGAGGCUCUAGGGGUGGCAGAGGGGGUCCUGCACAACAGCAGAGAGGCCGUGGUUCCCGUGGAUCUCGGGGCAAUCGUGGGGGCAAUGUAGGAGGCAAGAGAAAGGCAGAUGGGUACAACCAACCUGAUUCCAAGCGCCGUCAGACCAACAACCAACAGAACUGGGGUUCCCAACCCAUCGCUCAGCAGCCGCUUCAACAAGGUGGUGACUAUUCUGGUAACUAUGGUUACAAUAAUGACAACCAGGAAUUUUAUCAGGAUACUUAUGGGCAACAGUGGAAAUAGACAAGUGAGGGCUUGAAAAUGAUAUUGGCAAGAUCCGAUUGGCUCUAGAUCUACAUUCUUCAAAAAAAAAAAAAUUGGCUUAACUGUUUCAUCUUUAAGUAGCAGUUUGCUGCCAUUUGUAUUGGGCUGAAGAAAUCACUAUUGUAUAUAUACUCAAGUCUUUUUAUUUUUUUCCUCUUUUCAUAAAUGCUCUUGGACAUUAUUGGGCUUGCAGAGUUCCCUUAUUCUGGGGGUUACAAUGCUUUUAUCGUUUCAGGCUUCAUUUUAGUUUCAAAAACAAGCUGAGCACACUGUUAAAUCAUGAUUUUGCAGAACCUUUGGUUUUGAACAGUUUCAUUUUUUUUUGGAUUUGGGAUAGAUUACAUAGGAGUAUGGAGUAUGCUGUAAAUAAAAAUACAAGCUAGUGCUUUGUCUUAGUAGUUUUAAGAAAUUAAAGCAAACAAAUUUAAGUUUUCUUGUAUUGAAAAUAACCUAUGAUUGUAUGUUUUGCAUUCCUAGAAGUAGGUUAACUGUGUUUUUAAAUUGUUAUAACUUCACACCUUUUUGAAAUCUGCCCUACAAAAUUUGUUUGGCUUAAACGUCAAAGCCGUGACAAUUUGUUCUUUGAUGUGAUUGUAUUUCCAAUUUCUUGUUCAUGUAAGAUUUCAAUAAAACUAAAAAAUCUAUUCAAAACA